AUGGACACAAACUCUUUCUUUUAUGAUCUUGAAGUAGACGAUGUCUAUCUAGGGAUGGACGAGACUUACUCGACGGUGUCCUCUGACACCCUACCCGGACAGCAGCCAUGGCAGUGGCCAGGCCAGUCGCCUUCGAGCGGUAGCUCUGUACAAGGGCCAUACUACGUUCCACAAUCGGCUGUUGAGGCUCGGAUGGACGUCCAAGUACCUCAACUCGCUGAGAUGAGUUACAAUCCGUCCCCACUGUUAAUGAACGAUGGAUUUCUCGAAAGCCCCUUUUUACAGGGCAAUGAACUCAGUAGUGGCGAUUCUGCUGAGCAACAGAAUAACGAGCUUUUCUUGCAAGGAAGCGGUCAAUUGAUCGACCCGAAUCCUUCGCAAUACACCAGUUGGGCUGAUUCCUUCAACCCCUGCGUCAAAAGCCACGAAGAUUACGGGCUGAGGAGAGAAAUGUGCCGAAAACUGGGUGAUUAUCAAACACGGAAACCUCUCCCAGUAUUCUGCCUGCUCUGCCAAGAACCUCUUCCUGAAUUCGGUAUUCGAUGCGAAUACUGCACCGAGUUCCAUAACAGCCAGCCCCCGGAUACAUUGGAAUCGCGCUCAUGUAUCAUAUGUAAGGCUGAUGCAUGUUCUUGGGAAAGCAUUUUCUGCGAGUACCAUUCAAAGAAGAGGGCUAUAUUUAGCCCUGGUGAGAAGAGAGCCCUCAUACAGGCAGGUAUCUGCAACCUAUGUUGGCGACAGGAUACAUCGCCGGGAUACCGGACCUGCAAUGAGUGUAGAGAGUUGCGGAGGGAAAGAUAUCAUCGUCGCAAAAGGAUGAAAGAAGAAGGGAUUUUGGAACCGGUGGAAGACGGCCGAGAAUGA